AUAGUCUAGUGAUACACGUUUCAUGACUUCGCCAGAAAUAUUUUGUGAAAGUUAUAGUUUCUUGUCGUUCUGAUCAGCUGAGGGAAAUGUCGGUGCAAACGUGCCUCCUCUAGGGAGAUGUACCUGCACAACUGGGUCGCUGGAGGAAUGGAGUCGACAGCCCGACUCGGUAUCGUGCUGGGAUUUGUGCUGUGGCUAGCCAGCUCUGCACAGGCAUCCGAUGUCACAAAGGACACGGUCAUCAUUGUGAAUACACGUGCCAACUAUUCAGCGAGCCUCGUGUUCACAGCCAGUAGUCUGGACGGCGAGACAAGCUACCCACAGCUGGAUGUGAACGCCACCGUGGCUAGCAGUGCAGCAGUCACCUUGGAUCUGUCUCCAACAGGACCUAAAGGUGUGCCACUUCUCUGGUCCCUCAGCGUCUCGAUCUACCGCCCCGUGAGCGCAAAUGUUCAAGGCCUGGAGUUUGAAGUCUUCACAAACCCAAGCCGUCUCAUUCGUGUUUCUCAACCCGGCCCGAAUGAUAUCAGUCUGAAGGUCACUACCAAUGAAACAAUUGACCUGAAAAACUCGAAGCCAGAUCAUGUUGUAGACAAGGCCACUGUACUGGCUGUCAACGAUGGUGACAAUUCAACGGAUAGAGUCAUGGUACCGCUCUACGUCAACGCUACCUCAGAUAAUUGCUACAAGUGCAGAGCCUGGGCGUUGCAAGGCGACGAAGGAGAGCUGCUGGAGAAUGACGGUAUGUACCUUAAGGUUGGUACCAACUUUGGCACCAUGUUCGACGUCUUCAAGCCGAUUGGCAAUCGCUCCACCAGGGCAGGCGAGGUCUUCAAUGAUGGACGGUUUCAGCUGACACUGGAGGAGAAAGGAGAGUACCUGUUGCUGUGCCAUGGUCAUGAGACGACUGGUGACGUAGUGGACUGUGCCAUGUAUCAAACCAAGAGAGGCGUCGACACUUUUGCCCCUCUCUGGCAUGCUGUACUGGCACUGUUUCUGAUCUCUGUUGUUCUGAGUACACUGCUGUUCCUGGACAGACGCUAUCAACUGUGGUUGCGCAUGCAGUGUCGAACACAUGAUCGCCUGGUCAACACGGAUCUUGGUGAUACCGAGGAGUUCUCUGGUAGCAAGUACACAUCCCGUGUGGCAUCCAAUGAUGAUUCGGAGGCAUCUGAGGCAGCGGGAGCCUUGCAAAGCCGACGCGCUCAGCUGGGAAACGACGCAUCAACACCACCGCGGGGAAAACGACUCAAGAAGCGCUUGCGAUCGCUGGACACGUUCCGCGGGCUGUCACUUAUCAUCAUGAUCUUUGUGAACUACGAAGGUGGACGCUAUUGGUUCUUCAAUCACAGUCGAUGGAAUGGGCUGACUGUUGCUGACUGUGUCUUCCCUUGGUUUAUCUGGAUCAUGGGAACGUCAAUGGUGAUCUCGUUCAACUCUUUGCGUCGCAAGGGCUUGAGCAAGUGCUCCAUGGCGAUGAAGGUCAUCCGGCGUGCCGUCAUUCUCUUCUGCAUCGGCCUCUUCCUCAAUAACGGGUACGACCUGAAGCACUGGCGUAUUCCCGGCGUACUGCAGCGAUUUGGCGUCUCCUAUCUGGUGGUGGGCCUGGUGGAUAUAUUCGUGCCCACACUCCGAAUUGUGAGCAAGGUAUCGCCAGUGUACGACAUAGUGGCCUAUCUGCCUCAGUGGAUCAUCAUGAUCAGUCUGGUGAUAAUCCACACCGCCAUCACGUUUGGCAUGCACGUGCCAGGUUGUCCAACUGGAUAUCUUGGUCCGGGUGGCAUUGCUGAUGACAAUGCGUAUCCGAAAUGCACUGCCGGUGCAGCGGGUUAUCUCGAUAAGCUGCUGUUCGGCCCCGAUCACACCUAUGGUGGCCCGACGUGUCUGGAUACGUAUCACUGUGAGCCAUAUGAUCCCGAAGGAGCUCUUGGUAGUCUGACUUCCAUCUUUCUGUGCUUCCUGGGUUGUCAGGCUGGCCGCAUACUGGUUGUGUAUGAGCAGGGAGUUCCCCGCAUCACGCGCUGGAUUGUCUGGGGUUGUGUUCUGGGCGCAAUCGGCACUGGUCUGUGUCAGGCAUCCCAGAACACCGGCUUGAUUCCCAUCAACAAAAACCUGUGGUCGCUAUCCUUCAUCCUAGUGCUGGGUGCCGGUGCCUUCAUGCUCCUGUCUGUCUGCUAUAUCCUUGUGGACGUUCUGGAAAUCUGGAGUGGUGCUCCCUUCUACUAUCCAGGAAUGAACUCGAUAUUCGUUUACGUCGGCAGCGAGCUACUGCAGAAGUUCUUUCCGUUCAGCUUUCAAGUGUCUAGCGGGCAUAGCGGUAUUCUAGCCAGCAGCUUAGUUGGUGUGAGCGUCUGGCUUGUCGUUGCCUUCUACCUACAUCAUAUCAAGUUUUUCUUGAAGAUUUGAAUUAUGCAUGCGUUGUAACUUACCUCAGGAAGUUUGUGAAAAGGAAUUUUGAGAUUUGCAUAAAACAUAGUCGUAUUGUGUCGUAUUGUGACAUCACGAAAAACUUUGCAUGCUCAUUCUAUAAAUAUAUUAUGAAAUAUAUUAUACUUUUGUAGCGGUCAGUUAGGUGGGCGUCCGGUUUCACUUCUGGUCAUUCUUCUUCUUCUUUUUCUUCUUCUUGCUCUUCUUGUCGUUGUCAUCAUCGCUGCCAAAUUGUGCGCUUGCGAAGUUCACAAAUACCUAGAAGAUGACAGGACAGACGAAUAUUAUCUGCCAAGGUCUGCCAAGAUAGUUAGUAGUACAUUUUACCAACUCUUUGAUUACCCAUUACAGAAAGGAAAGGACUGAUUAGGUUAGAUUCUUAUAAUUACUCUCUUUUGUACAUAUUUUGUACAUGCUAAUCUAUCGACAGCAUAACGAAAACAA